CGCUCGCGGUGCUGGGGUCCAGAGCCCGCGCGCCGACCUCAGAGGGAGGCCCGCGAGCCCUUUGCUGUGCUGCACGCUGACAAUUUCGAUUGUCGUUAGUGGGAAUUUAAUUAAGCCGGGAGCUAUAAAUCCAUGAACCACCGAGGGAGAUUAUAAGCGUGCGUGCGAGCAUACAUCAAAAGAAGCCAAAAGCCAGCUGGAAUAGUUCCUGAAUGCGAUUUUAAUCUUGUUUGCAAUUAUUCUGAAGGGGAGAAACCAUCUGUAUCAGAAUUAAGAUGCUCUGGUUUCAAGGAAAUAGCAUGCAACUUGCUAAAUCCUCUUUUGGACUCUUCUUGAGAAAUCUUUCUGCCUCUAAGACAACUUUGCCUGUGCUGACCUUAUUUACAAAGGAUCCAUGCCCACUUUGUGAUGAAGCCAAGGAAGUACUCAAGCCUUAUAAAAAUAGGUUUAUCUUGCAGGAGGUGGACAUCACACUUCCAGAAAAUUCUGCUUGGUAUGAAAGGUAUAAAUUUGACAUUCCUGUCUUUCAUUUGAAUGGCCAGUUUCUGAUGAUGCAUCGAGUAAACACCUUAAAACUUGAAAAACAGCUUCUGAAAUUUGAGCAGCAAGCUGGUACAGACUGACUAAUGCCUUCAUGAUUUUCUACCCUCUCUGUCCAUAAGGCAUCUUCCAAAGGAAGUGUCUGGGGCCUCAUACUCCUUUUGUCAUCUUCACAGAGCCUUAAGGAUGUUCUGAACUCAGUGGUGCCACAUAAAUAUUGCCAUUCCUCUUCUGAGUAAUGGAAGUACCUGUGUGAGAACUGUUCACUUAUGGGCAUUUUGUAAAAUAAGAGGAGUGUAUUGGCAGGGAGGGGGAUGAUGGAAGGAGAGAGAAAUCCAUUUGUCUUUCUUAUUUUUCCCUUUUGUAUUAAUAUGGAAGCACUUCACAUGAACUGGACAGUGCUGUUUAUAGGAAGAAGUCUUUGCAUUCCUGCUGCUGCCCUGGAGGGCUUAACUUUUUAAUGAAAGAAUAAAUGGUCUUCCACUCAGUAGAUAAAGUGAAAUGUGAAUUGUUAAUAACUGUGCACAGUCAAUAAA